CUUCAUAAAAACUCCGUCAACUCUGUGAAUGUUCUUUUUGGUAUUAUAGGUGACGCGUCACAUAUAUUGUAAACAUUGACGGUGAAAGAUACUUAAAAAGUUUAAUAAAAAAAAACUAAAAAGCCAUAAGAAUUAAUAAAACAAUAUGUAUAAAGUAAAUGCUAAUGAAACAGCAUUUAUUGUCGCGGGACAAUGUGAAGAUGAAAUUUCAUUUGUGUUCGACGAUGGAAAGAAAUUGUAUGUUUCACAAAACUUUCUCCAUUAUGUAUCUCCUGUGUUUAAAGCAAUGUUUGAUAAUGGAUUUAAGGAGAACAAAACUCGAGAAGUGAAACUACCAGGAAAAGGAUAUGAUGAUGUUUUGGAAUUUUUAAGAUGUUUACAUCCCGCAGUUCAAAAACAAAUCUCACCUGAACAGAUUUUACAAGUAGUUGAAUUGUCAGAAGAAUAUCAAGUUCAGUCUCUGAUUCUGAAAUGCAAGGACACAAUGAAAGAACGCCUGACUUCUGAGCUAAACGCCGCACGAGGGAAACAAGAUCCUACUACAUUCUUUAGAUCUUUUGACAAGUCUUCCGGCAAUGCGUUGAAAUUAGAAAAGGCAAAGAACUGCCUCAGUAUUCUUACUACCUGCUUGAUAUUUCAAUAUGACGACAUAAUAUCAGAGUCUGUCUGUGUACUAGGAAAAUUUGGGUACGGAAUAUUUUCUGGAACAAUAGCGGGCAGCAAGCAACACAGAACAAAGAUGCUAGAAGAUCUUGCUCAUGAUUGUAAACACAUGUACGACAGUCUGCCUGGUAAUUUGAAGAUCAGGAUACUGUCUGAGCGACUACAUUUGUGUGACAAUACGGAUAUGUUGUAAUUGUAAAUUUUGCCAAUUAAAAAAGGAGGACGAGCUAUGUAUAGUCUGCGAUAAACAACGGGUGACGCGAGGAUCGGUAAGAAAGCAUUAUGACGCCAAUUAUGACGUCAGAUUUCCGCAUGACGUCCGGUUCGUUACAAAUAAAACAUACAGCAUGAUUUUUAUCAAAACAUUUCAAUGUGCAUGUAAUAAUGAAAACAAUCCAGGCCUUCUUGUGGUUUAUCGCAUAAAUUACCACAGUUCAUCGUUCAGAUGCUUAUAUACUUAACCAAUCUUGCUAGUGCCCAUGUGGUUCAGUUCCUCCACAUCUGGACUCUGAACCGUGAAAAAACGGGAGACAAGCCACUCGAAGGCCUUAAUUAUUUGAUAAAUAAAUUUACUAUCAAUAUUGAAAUGUCUUUGUACUACGAAGGAAUGCUUCAGAUGUUAUAUUAUUUUCUGUCAUUUUAUUAUGUUGUACAAAUCUACAAUGAGAAGUUAAUAAACAAUUACACAUUA